UAUAUAUAUAUAUAUCAAAUAGGACACUUGCGAUAAAUACUUGAGAUCACUCUAGUCAGAAUUGUUCUACAUCAUUUGCUCGCGGUAGUAGUUGAGAAGGGAACAAGGGACCAUCGAGCAGCCACUGCCACCAGCAGCGGAGGAUCAGAACUCCGACGCACUGAACAGAGGCGUAGACGAUUGAAAUGGCGGAUACUACAACGCAAGGAAGAGCCACCCUCUUCUCUCCUUACAAGAUGGGCAAAUUCGAUCUCUCUCACAGGGUGGUGCUGGCGCCGAUGACGAGAUGCAGAGCUUUGAACUGGAUUCCGCAGCCGGCGAUGGCAGAGUACUACGUGCAGAGGUCAACUCCGGGGGGCUUUCUCAUUACCGAAGGAACCUUGAUCUCUCCCACGGCGCCAGGAUUUCCACAUGUACCUGGCAUAUAUUCAGAAGAACAAGUUGGGGCAUGGAGGAAGAUAGUGGAUGCUGUCCAUGCCAAAGGAAGCAUUAUCUUUUGCCAACUCUGGCAUGUUGGUCGAGCUUCUCACUCAGUUUAUCAGCCAGGAGGGGCCCCGCCCAUAUCGUCCACUAGCAAGCCCAUAUCAGCGAGGUGGAGAAUUCUCUUGCCGGAUGGGUCCUAUGGCGUGUAUCCAGAGCCUCGAGCCCUGAAAACUUAUGAAAUACCGGACAUCGUGCAGCAUUACCGGCAAGCGGCAGUAAACGCUAUUCGGGCGGGUUUUGAUGGAAUUGAAAUUCACGGGGCUCAUGGAUACAUUAUUGAUCAAUUUUUGAAGGAUGGGAUCAACGAUCGA